CAAAGUGGAGAGAAACCUCAUUAAACUGUUCAAGCAUAUGACUGCCGAUGAUUUGAAGAUCCAUCGCAGUGAUGACGAUGCCAAAUAAGGGAUUUUCCAGGGAUGAAGCUGGGCUUCUUAGAACAUCGCAAAAGAAGUUUGUUUACGGUUGUGAGGAAAUCAUCCCGUUUAUCCUUCUAGGCCUUCAGUCUUAUCACGAACAUGUACAUCCGUGAUCUGACCCAUUUUCGGUUUGGACUAAACAUGAUUGCAACACACUGCACCUGCAUGUAUGAACAUCCGGGUCCCGAGCUACAGCUCGGCGAUAGGACAGUCACCUCUGGCUUCCCAGCCAGUCAAUUCGCGGGGUGGACGGAGCUGCAUGUAGACACACAGCUAGUGCUCGUCCUCAGAACGGUCAGGAUGCCUCCGAUGACAUGUUGGUUACUUGCCUUCAUCUUGUCUGCCACCGUUACAAACAUCAACGGCCAGUGCGGCAACGACACAACAAAUUCUUCAUACUUAGCGCCUGGAGCAAGGAACGUCUUCUUCUCGCCGGACUACCCGGACCCGUACCCGAGUGAUGUUUAUUGUCGCUGGCUCCUUGAGACCAACGAGGGCUACAGACUCCGCCUGAGGUCGACACAGUUCCAGUUGAGAACUUCUAACAGUUCGUGUGUGGACAUCUUCAGGGUCUAUGAUGGUGACAGCGUCCUGUCUCCUCUCCUGUACUCCUCAUGUAAUGAAAGCUUUCAACCAAUCAACAGCAGCAGCAGGUACCUCCUGGUCACUUUCACUUCAGGUAUCUCCCAGACAGAGUCAGAAGGAGGCUUUCUUGUCAUCUACGAGUCCUUUAAGUACAUCGUGACAACAACUACAUCAACUACAACUGUUCUGCCUACUAGAGAAGCGGUCCAGUGUGGAGCUAACAAUCUGACGGCGGAAGCGGGUGUCUACGGGUACAUCACAUCCCCGGGUUUUCCGAAUGCCUACCCGAACGACGCCACGUGCACGUGGUCUAUCAUGGCCGACAACUCUUCCCUCCGCGCCGUGCGCCUGGACAUCGUGAGGAUCGACCUGGAGUUCUCGCCCAACUGCAGCCUCGACAGCAUCACCAUCUACGAUGUGUUCUCUACACGGCGAGAGGAGGUCAGGAGGUUCUGCUCCUACCUGGAGGAGCCUGUCGUCAGCAGAGGACUAUAUCUUCUGGUGAUGUUUACCUCCGACUCUGCCUUCAGUGGCCGGGGCUUCCAGCUGAGGUACACCUCUGUGGCAAGACCUACAUCGACAUCCACAACAUCUAGUACCCGGUCUACAAGUACCCUUCCCACGACAACACGACCGUCAGCGAUCAGUGUAACUUCGCCAUCAAACGACUCAGAAUGCUCGUCCACACCUGUGUCCCUGAGUGUUUCCAGUGGAGAAGUAGGAUACCUGCAGUCUCCUGAUUACCCCUAUAGUUCUUUGAACGAGUCUGAAUGUAACUGGCAAAUUUCUACGGACAGCAACUCUGUCAUAAAAGUGACAGUUCAGGGUCUCAACCUUGAUUUAUGUUCACCAUGCGGCGACUGCGACUUUCUCCUGAUAUUUGACGGACGGUCGGUCUCGAACAGAAGUUUGGGCAGAGUGUGUAACACAUACUUUCAGACAGUGUUCUACAGUACUGGACCUUACCUGUACCUCGUGAUGCGCACAAAACUCUUCUCCAGAGGAUUCAGUCUGCGAUACGAGGCUGUGGAUGUGAGGAGGUCUCCGACACCUGUUACUACUCUUUCCACGACAACACAACAACAAUCUUCCAGUGGAACUAUGCCGUCCUCUAACGGCACAGUUUGCUCGUCCUCACCUGUUCCCCUGUAUGUUGAUAUCGGACAAGUACGAUACCUGCAGUCUCCUAACUACCCACAAAAUUAUUUCAACAAUGCCGACUGUCUAUGGCGAAUUUACACAGACAACUACCUUGUCGUAAAAGUGACCGUUGAGGAAGCCCACCUCGAGCAGUGUUCAUUGUGCGGCAACUGCGACUCUCUCGAAAUAUUCGAUGGGUCAUUGACUUUGGCCACCAAGCUGGGCACAGUGUGUGGCACCAGUCUUCAGACAGUCUUCUACAGCUCAGGACCUCAGUUGUACCUCAGGCUCCGCACCGACUCGUCCGUCGUCUCCACGGGAUUCAGACUCCGAUACGAGGCUGUGGAUGAGAGGAGGUCUAUGACACCUGCUGGUACUGUUUCAACAAGUACUAUCUCAACAAGUUCUCUUUCCAAGACAACACAACAACUUUUCGGUGGAACUACGCCGUCGUCGAACGGCACAGUUUGCUCGUCCUCACCUGUUCCUCUGUAUGUUUAUUACGGACAAGUACGAUACCUGCAGUCUCCUAACUACCCACAAAAUUAUUUCAACGAUGCCGACUGUCAAUGGCGAAUAUACACAGACAACAUCUUUUACAUUAAAGUGACCGUUGAGGCCGCCAACUUCGAGCAGUGCUCAGCGUGCGGCAACUGCGACUAUCUCGAAAUAUUCGAUGGAUCAUCGACUUUGGCCACAAAGCUGGGCACAGUGUGUGACACCAGUCUUCAGACAGUCUUCUACAGCUCAGGACCUCAGUUGUACCUCAGGCUCCGCACCGACACGUCCGUCGUCUUCACGGGAUUCAGACUGCGGUACGAGGUGGUGACUACCACCCCCUCGCCCUCACCUUUGUGCAGCUCAACAUUUUCUUCUUUGACCUCCUCCUAUGGCAGACAAAAGCUGCUCCGGUUUGAAAGCUAUGCAAACCAGAGAAGCAGUCAGACCUGCAGCUGGGUCAUACGGAGCGAUGACGCGAGUCACGUGGUUCGCUUCAGCUUCGACUACUUCAACAUGCAGGACUGCAGCAAUGGCAACUGUGACUGCGGCUACCUCGACAUCUUCGAUGGUAUGUCGGAGUCAUCUCCCCAGCUGCUCAGGUUGUGUGGCACUAAGGUCAUGCCCCUUGGUUCUGUCAGUACCGGCAACUCUCUCUACCUCACCUUCAACAGCAGAGGAACAUGGAAACCUAAGACAUUCGCACUCCAAUACGAGAGUGUAGCCAGGGUGGUCCAGUCACAACCAUUGUUUCCAGGAGUAGCUCCACCGACUUCAAAUGCAUGCAGCACCCACCCUGUGAGACUAAAAGCUAAGGACAUCUCUGACAGACUGGUUCUUUCUUCAAGUUCUCUCCCCCAGUCUUCUUCUAUCAACUCUUACUGUGACUGGCUGAUCACCUCUGACCCCGGCUACGUCAUCCAGCUUAUAACCUUUACUGCGAGCUCGGAGUACUGUACGAACUUGCGAUUGUCAACGACUUGAUGUAUUUGAUGGUCCAACAAAUUCCAGCAUGAAACUGGUGGUGAUAUGUAGCCGCAUCACGCAGCCAGUGACCAGCACUGGGCAACUGAUGUACAUCCGCUUCUCUGCGGCUAGAAACUCUGGCUUUUCAUUAUUGUACCAUCAG